CUCGAAGUACAUUAUGAUGAGAAAUCAUCUAUCGUAAGUUCUGAAGAAAAAUUCUUUCUUUGCACAAAUUUGGUCGCACCAUUUCGGUAAGAACAAUACACAAUACGAGACUUUGUACGAUGCAGUAGGGCAGGAGCAACGGUGAUUUGGACCAUUAGAUUAGAUGAUGAAAAAGUGGAAGACGUUGAAAAAGAGGAAAAUUUUGGUUAAAUCGGAGAGAGAAAAAGAGCCCAUCGAGAACACGUGCUGCGUUCACUAGUCCACUGUCGCUUCCCAUCUCUAUCUCUUUGACAACGUCGUUCAUUUCAGCACCACUUCUUCCACUCUCUUUCUUCCCCUCUUCUUCUUUCCAAAUAAUACAAAAAUGUUAAAGCUUUCGUGCAAUGGCCUCGACCGGGUUCAUUCCUUCGCCCAAUGCGGGUUUUCCGCCCGCCCCGCAUGUGUGGGCCCUCGCCGGAGGAGGAGUGGCAUCGCUGGGUUCCGGUCGCCCGGAGUCAAAGCAUUUCCUGUGGUGGCGGUCGUGUCGGACAGGGACGGCGCGGUGGCGAGCCGGGUGGAAUCGGAGGCCGGGACCCUGGCGGACCGGUUGAGGUUGGGGAGCUUGACGGAGGAUGGGUUGUCUUAUAAAGAGAAGUUCAUUGUGAGGAGCUAUGAAGUUGGGAUCAACAAGACUGCCACUGUGGAAACCAUUGCUAAUCUAUUGCAGGAGGUUGGAUGCAAUCAUGCUCAGAGUGUUGGAUAUUCUACUGAUGGUUUUGCAACCACCCCUACGAUGAGAAAAUUGCGUCUCAUAUGGGUUACUGCUCGCAUGCACAUUGAAAUAUACAAAUACCCUGCUUGGAGUGAUGUUGUUGAGAUAGAGACAUGGUGUCAAGGAGAAGGAAGGGUUGGAACAAGGCGAGAUUUUAUAAUGAAAGACUUUGCGACUGAUCAAGUUAUUGGAAGGGCAACAAGCAAAUGGGUAAUGAUGAAUCAGGACACUAGACGACUACAAAAGGUUUCUGAUGAUGUUCGUGAGGAGGUUUUGGUUUAUUGUCCUCGAGAGCCCAGAUUAGCAAUUCCUGAGGAGGACAGUAAUUGCUUGAAGAAAAUUCCAAAAUUGGAAGACCCUGCUCAGUAUUCCAAAGUUGGACUUGUGCCAAGAAGAGCAGAUCUGGACAUGAAUCAGCAUGUUAACAAUGUUGCCUAUAUUGGAUGGGUGCUUGAGAGCAUGCCUCAGGAAAUCAUUGAUAGCCAUGAGUUGCAUAGUAUCACCUUGGAUUAUAGACGAGAGUGCGGACAACAUGACGUAGUUGAUUCCCUCACUGGUGUGGAAAUGAUCCAGGGUGAUGCUGAGGCAGUUCCAGAACUGAAAGCAACAAAUGGAUCUGCCAUUUCAAAGGAAGCCAAGCAGCAGUUUCUGCAUCUGCUUCGGUUGUCUACUAACGGACUUGAGAUAAACCGCGGACGAACAGAAUGGAGAAAGAAAGCUCCAAGAUGAAAUCUAUCAAGUGUGCUUCCACCUAUGCCUUCAUUCAUGAUUCUAUUUUUAUCUUUCUUGUGUUCUUUCCUUAUGCAGGGUUGUCUUAUCAAUUUUCCCACAAUAUUUUGCUUAGAAGUUAUUGCACUUGAUAUAGGGAGUGGAGAGCUAGAAAUUUGUUACUAUUUUCUUGUCAUGUUCACACAAAUAUAAAUUGUUGCCCAAAUCCUGUACUUAGACUGAAUAGAUUGACUUCAAUCUCUGAUUCAUUGGCAUCAAUUUCCAUGAAUGUCAUUGAAUCUUGGUCGAAUAUAAUUCCAAGGAUAUUGUUUUUGGAUCUGC